AACUCUGAAAAAAACCUCCAUAGAAGGUCACCUUUCCACUUUAUAACUUCCACACAGUGAUAUUAAACAUGGAGUACAUUUAACUUCUCACUUCCGAAAACUUCCACUUAUCAAACACAUUCAUGGAGCACCUUCCAAAAAAAAAAAAAAUAGAAGGCCAGUCACAUGCCACUUUCCCCGCGAUGAGCACCAGCCCCAAAUAAAAUAGAAGGCUAGUAAUUACAGACCCGCGUGCUUUUAAACUCAAUCCGCCUCUAUUUUUUUACCACCAUUUUCAAGAAAGAAAUGAUUUUUGCUGGCAUCAAUGAAGAGUCUUAACAUCUCAGAUCUGAGAAUUUUCAGAUGAAAGAGGAUUUUGAAUUGUGUGCAAGAGGUCCUAACCAUGGUUCUAGACAGCUUAUCAUCUCCCCAUAGGAGAACACAAAAUCUGAUUUCAUUCUUAACUUCUUACAAGAAACCAUUUACGACGCGCGACUUUGAUGGUUGGGCAAAUCUUUUUCAGCGGCACCGCUUUCUCUUGACCAUGCUCGCUGUCUUGGGCUUUCUAUGCACCGUCUAUCUUUAUUUUGCCGUCACCUUGGGGCCCACAGUAUCAUGUUCAGGCUUGAACGGGGCCAAGAAGUCAUUGUGUGAAUUGGAGGGGGCAAAAUCAUCUAUGUCCCACAAAGGUAAGUUGAGAUUCUUUUGAUUAUGAUUUGGAACUCCAUUGUUUCUCCCUUAAGAUCUGUUUAGGAAUUAUAGUUAGAUAUUUAUGUAUUUUGGAUAUUGGGGGUAUUGAUCGGCAAAUAUCCCUAUGUCACUUAAUUAUUUUUAUGUCAAGAUACUCCUAUAUGUAUUUAUGGAGGUUUGGCCUUGGAAGCUUGUAAUUGUUUUGUUAUGGUGGUUUGGAUGUGAGGAAUGUGUCAAUGAAUUGGGUCAUAAUUGGAUCAUACUAACCUGAUCGAAUUAUGUAAGAUGAGUAAACAACCUGACCACUGGAGCGGAUGGAAAAGUCACAGAAAUGACUAUGUAACUAACUUGAAUGUGGUGGAUUGAGUUCCCUAUGAUUUAUUGGAUACCAUUCGAGUUACCCUCA